GCAAAAAGGACCUGUUGCAAAAUUUUCAAUUUCCUUCUUCCUCAAACAAGCUGGAGAUGAAUUAGGUCUAAAGAGGUUUCUAGACUCAGCGAGGCAACCCACCAAAGCUUCCCUAUAACGCCUGCACAUUUUUUAUGCAUUGAUUAUUAUCUAUAAAAGAACUCCUGAUUAUUGUUAUAGACACCGCUAAUUCAUUUUCCUAGGGCUAGGGUUAGGGUUUAUUGGAGCAGGGAAAUCAAAAGAAUCAUCAAUGGAGGAGAUAACGGAAGGAGUGAACAACAUCAACAUUAGCGGAGGCGGCGGCAGCGGCGACCUUCAGAAGAAAAAUCGCAUUCAGGUCUCCAACACCAAGAAGCCCCUGUUCUUCUAUGUCAAUCUUGCUAAGAGGUAUAUGCAGCAGCACAAUGAGGUGGAGCUUUCUGCUCUUGGAAUGGCAAUUGCAACGGUAGUCUCAGUAGCAGAAAUUCUUAAGAACAAUGGACUGGCAGUUGAGAAGAAGAUUAUGACAUCAACUGUUGAUGUCAAAGAUGAUUCAAGAGGGCGGCCAAUCUCAAAAGCCAAAAUUGAGAUAGUACUGGGGAAGACUGAUAAAUUUGAUGAAAUAAUGGCAACAGCUGCUGAGGACCAUGGAAAUGGUCAAGAGGAGAAUUGAUGACCGCUUCAGCUUUGUCUUUUUUUUCUUUUUUUUUUUUUUUUUGGGUCUUGGUUUUCAUGUAUGCUUGGUUAGAGUAAGUUUAGUGUUUGGCAUUUAUUGUUUUAAUUGUUUAAAAAAAAUUGAGAACAUUCAGGUCCCCAGUUUGGCUCCUGUGAGAAAGGAAACUUAUCUUGUCAAAGCUAUUGGUAGUGAACUUGAAAAGCAAGCGAUACCUAUAUAUCUAUCUCAGAGUUUUCUUUUAAAUUCAUUGAUUUUCGGCAUU